UUUCGUCGAGCAUAUAUUCUUGCAUAGGCGUUGUUGAAUCUUGCUGAAUAUUGCAUCGCCACUUUCUAUUUUUCGCUUCUUUGGAGAGAUGGAUGCAUUCGUCAAACAGGAACUCACCGGCGAUGUUCCCAAUGUGCCCCCAGGGAGGACCCGAACUGGUGCCGUUUCACCCAUUCCUCCUGGCUCCGCAGUUAUUCAACUCAGUAGCAGCAGCGAUUCCGAUUCGGAGCCGGAUUUGGACGGUUUGGUCGCCGGGGUAGUAGAAAGCACCAUUUCGCCCGGAGGAGGGAGUCCGACCAAGAGGCGCAAGAUGAAUGACGAUGGAGAGGUUCUUCCCCUUGGAUUUUUGAGCCCUCUCCCUCCGCCCUUAUCGCCAUCCCCUGCGGUGCUGUCGUUACCGGCGCCGCAGGGGGCUUCUUCUUCGGCGCAUCUGAACGGGACCACGAGCACCAGCGUGGCGCCGACUACUAGGGGAAGCAGGCAGUUUUGGAAAGCCGGUGAUUUCGACGGUGCUCCUUCCAGCAGCUUCGAAUCAUCUUCAACCGUUGGAAUGGACCACGUCAGAGUUCAUCCGAAGUUUCUGCAUUCUAAUGCCACAAGUCAUAAGUGGGCUCUAGGAGCUUUUGCUGAGCUUUUGGAUAACUCGUUGGAUGAGGUUUGCAAUGGCGCUACAUAUGUCAAUGUAGAUAUGCUUGUAAAUAAGAAAGAUGGAACCAGGAUGUUGCUGAUUGAAGAUAAUGGUGGUGGAAUGGAUCCAGAUAAAAUGCGUCAAUGCAUGUCACUGGGGUAUUCAGUGAAAAGCAAAAUGGCAAAUACAAUUGGGCAAUAUGGAAAUGGCUUUAAAACAAGUACUAUGAGGCUUGGGGCUGAUGUGAUAGUAUUCUCUCGCUGCUCUGGCAAAGAUGGGAAGAGUGCUACACAAAGCAUAGGCUUGCUGUCUUACACAUUUUUGAGGAGUACUGGGAAGGAAGACAUUGUAGUACCCAUGUUGGACUAUGAAAGACGCGGACGGGAAUGGAAUAAGAUGUUACGGACUUCUAUUGAAGAUUGGAAUAAAAAUGUUGAAACAAUUGUGCAUUGGUCACCGUUUUCAAGUGAAACAGAUCUUCUUCGUCAGUUCAAUCUGAUGAAGGAUCACGGCACACGUGUAAUUAUAUACAAUCUUUGGGAGGAUGACCAAGGAGAGCUGGAGCUUGAUUUUGAUGCAGAUCCACAUGAUAUUCAAAUCAGAGGCGUAAACAGAGAGGAGAAAAACAUACAGAUGGCUAAAGAGUAUCCCAACUCAAGACACUUCUUAACUUAUAGGCACUCUCUAAGGAGUUAUGCCUCAAUUUUAUAUUUGAGGCUUCCUCCAGGCUUCCGAAUUAUUCUUCGUGGGAAAGAUAUUGUGCAUCACAAUAUAGUGAAUGACAUGAUGUUGUCUCAGGAGGUGACAUACAGGCCACAAGCUGGGAUUGAUGGGAUCCCGAAGGAUUCAAAUAUGAUUGCUAUUGUUACUAUUGGAUUUGUCAAGGACGCAGUUCAUCAUAUUGAUGUUUCAGGGUUCAAUGUCUAUCAUAAGAAUCGCCUCAUUAAGCCAUUCUGGAGGCUGUGGAAUCCUGCAGGAAGUGGUGGUCGUGGGGUCAUAGGUGUUUUAGAAGCCAACUUUGUUGAACCUGCUCAUGAUAAACAAGGCUUUGAGAGGACUUUAGUUUUAUCUAGAUUGGAAGCGAAAUUGGUACAGAUGCAGAAAAGUUACUGGGCCACUAACUGCCAUAAAAUUGGUUAUGUCUCCAAUCGAACCAGAAAACAAAACAACAGUUCAGUUGACAGAGAGGCAUCACCUGAUUUUGUCCCAGAAGCUUCAAAAAGGAAGUAUUCUGCCACAAAUGGCAAGGGAACUCCAUUGACAUCAGAUCAACCACAUUCACAAUUAAAUCAGAAACGGAGCCGAAAAGAAUCAGAAAAAUAUAGUGCCUACAAGAGCUCGACAUCAAGGAUGCCAAACUCAUCUGGACAAUCGUCAUCUGCUGAGGAUGAGAGUGAUGAAAUUACUGUUGUACCCAAGAAACAAGCAAAAGGGAGCAGUCAGAGGACAUCUCUAGCUGAAAAAUCAUUUGGAAAAGAAAAUGGAAGUUUUCCGGACAUCCCAUCUAGUGGAAGAAGCUUGCGGUCAGCACGAGUAUCCAGGAAGGUACAGGAUGUAAAUGAUGGUGAACAUCCAGUAUCAGAUUCUGGUGCACUUACUCUGGAAAAGUUGCAAGAAGAGAAUCGUGAGUUGAAGAAAAGAUUAGAGAAGAAGGAGGAAGAAAUAUUGGGAGAAGUAUUGGAGGCACUGCAGUACGAGAAAGAGAGGUGUAAAGCUCUGGAAACUCAGCUUCGUGAUGCAGGAAAAAAGAUUGAAGACUUGAAUAAGGAGCAAGAAAAUCUAAUCGACGUGUUCUCAGAAGAGAGGGAUCGACGGGAUGCUGAAGAAAAAAGUUUGAGAAAGAAGCUUCAGGAUGCAUCAAACACAAUACAGGAGCUGCUUGACAAGGUAAGGCUCCUGGAAAAGAAGUCGUCUGCUAGAUAGAUGAAGACGGACCUGCGUUUCUUGUGAUGGCAUUUUUGUAAGGAUUGGAUUUGCAUAGUUUUCCUUGAGAUAGGAUAUACUGAUAUUUUCCCCCCAAUUAUUUUGUAUAUAUUUUAUCUCGGAUGAGAUUAAUUUUGACUAUAAGUGGGCCGGUUGGAACCGGUGUGAAUUACAUAA